AUGGUUAAAUAUAUUUUAGUCUGCGGUGGUGUCAUUUCCGGUAUCGGAAAGGGUGUUAUCGCCUCGAGUACUGGUCUUACACUCAAAGCUGCCGGAUUGAAAGUGACAGCUAUCAAGAUUGAUCCUUAUAUGAAUAUAGAUGCUGGUACCAUGGCCCCAACGGAACAUGGUGAAGUGUACGUCCUCAACGAUGGGGGUGAAACAGAUCUGGAUUUGGGAAAUUAUGAGAGAUACCUGGACGUGUCGUUGAACAAGGAUAAUAAUGUAACGACCGGAAAGGUAUAUUCGCACGUGAUUGAUCGAGAGAGAAAAGGAGAUUACCUCGGGAAAACCGUACAAAUCAUUCCCCAUCUCACCAACGCCAUUCAAGAUUGGAUUGAAAGAGUAUCAAAGAUACCAGUGGAUGGAACUGGGGAGGAACCUGAUGUCUGCAUCAUCGAGCUCGGUGGUACGGUCGGAGAUAUCGAGUCCAUGCCAUUCGUAGAAGCGAUGCGACAAUUCCAAUUUCGAGUCGGCCACGACAACUUCGCUUUGAUCUAUGUCUCCUUGAUACCCGUCGUUGGAGGUGAACAGAAGACUAAACCUACUCAGGCUGGUGUGAGGGAUUUGAGAGGAUUGGGUUUGUUGCCUGAUUUGAUCGCGUGCAGAUGUACCGACACCCUUCUUACCGCAACUAUGGAGAAAGUGUCCAUGUUCUGUCACGUAUCGCCCAAACAGGUCUUAGGUGUACACAACGUAUCCUCUACCUACCACGUUCCACUGUUACUUCAGCAACAAGGAAUGUUGGAUUUCCUCAAGAAACGAUUGAACCUCGGUGAAGUGACGAUCAAUGAUAAGUUCAAGAAGAAGGGUGAGGAAUUCAUGGGUCGAUGGAAAGCUUUGACUGUUGGCCAGGAAAGACUCUUCGAUACCGUCUCUAUCGUUCUUGUCGGUAAAUACACUACUCUCGAAGACUCGUAUAUGUCAGUUGUGAAGGCUUUAGAACAUGCUUCUAUGCGAUGUGGUCGAAAGCUCGAGUUGCAGUGGGUUGACUCAUCUGACCUUGAACCUCACACUCAAAUAUCCAACCCCGUCAAAUUCCAUGAUGCCUGGUCUGCCCUCUGUUCAGCCAAAGGUAUCAUCGUACCUGGUGGAUUCGGUCAUCGUGGUACGGAGGGUAUGAUCUCAGCUGUGAAAUGGGCUAGGGAACAACAUGUACCAUUCUUGGGUAUCUGUCUAGGAUUCCAGGUAGCUGUUAUUGAGUGGGCUAGGCAUGUAUGUGGACUGGAAGGAGCCAAUUCUGCCGAACUGGUGCCCGACACCCCUCACCCCGUCAUCUGCUUCAUGCCUGAGAUCUCCAAGACUCACAUGGGAGGAACGAUGCGAUUGGGUCUUCGACCAACCAUCUUCCAAGAUCACACCGAAUCAUCGAAACUGCGACGAUUGUACGGCUCCAACCAGGUCGCAUGGGAAAGGCACAGACACAGGUACGAAGUGGAACCGAAAUACGUGGAGCAGCUGGAAUCGAAGAAGGGAUUAAGAUUUGUAGGAAAGGAUGAGAGAGGUGAAAGAAUGCAAAUGUUAGAAUUAGAUGACCACCCAUACUUCGUCGCUCUUCAAGCUCAUCCCGAAUUCUGCUCUCGACCACUCAACCCAUCGCCGCCUUUCCUCGGUCUUAUCGCUGCUGCCUGCGGUGCCAACGUGCUGACAGAGCAGAUUAACAAGAAUGAGAAUGGCGGAUAUGUCGACCCUCACCCAGAGGAGAGUAAGAUAGUACCUGAAAGUGAGGCUUACACCGAACAGGCUAAAGGGAAGAAACAAUCGAUAGAAGGUGUGAUUAGGGUUAGAGGGGAAGUGGACGGUGACUUGCAACAGAGAGAGGAGCAGUUGGAAGGUGUCGCCAUCAAUGGCGAUGCUUAG